GAAGCGUGGGGCUUGGCGCAAGCGUGCUGUUGCGGCCGCAGCUGUCAGGCUCGUCGGCUGCGGAGCGUUGCUGUGGCGGCGGCGGCUGCUGCUGCUGGUGGUGCUGGUGGGCUUUCCCAGGCCCCUCCGCCUCCCCGAAAAUGGCGAGCCACCUGCCGCCGUGCGUCGUGGACGGCGGCACCGGGUAUACAAAACUGGGUUAUGCAGGGAAUACAGAACCACAAUUCAUUAUCCCAUCAUGUAUUGCAAUAAGAGAAUCGGCAAAAGUUGGUGACCAAGCACAGAGGAGGCUUACUCAAGGAAUUGAUGAUCUAGACUUUUUCAUUGGAGAUGAAGCUGUAGAUAAACCUACCUAUGCUACGAAGUGGCCUAUACGACAUGGUAUGGUGGAAGACUGGGAUCUUAUGGAAAGAUUCAUGGAGCAGGUUAUUUUUAAAUAUCUUCGAGCUGAACCAGAAGAUCACUACUUCUUGAUGACUGAGCCACCACUGAAUACCCCUGAGAACAGAGAAUACCUCGCAGAAAUCAUGUUUGAAUCUUUUAACGUGCCAGGACUUUACAUUGCGGUUCAGGCUGUGUUGGCUUUAGCUGCGUCUUGGACUUCACGGCAAGUUGGGGAACGUACUUUAACUGGAACUGUUGUUGACAGUGGUGAUGGUGUGACGCAUGUCAUUCCAGUGGCAGAAGGUUAUGUAAUUGGCAGUUGCAUCAAACACAUCCCCAUUGCAGGUAGAGAUAUUACAUAUUUCAUUCAACAGCUCCUAAGGGAGAGGGAGGUGGGAAUUCCACCCGAACAAUCAUUGGAGACAGCUAAAGCCAUAAAGGAAAAGUACUGUUAUAUAUGUCCAGACAUAGUGAAGGAAUUUGCCAAGUAUGAUACAGAUCCACGCAAGUGGAUAAAGCAAUAUACAGGCAUCAAUUCAAUCAACAAAAAUAAAUUUAUCAUAGAUGUUGGUUAUGAAAGGUUUCUUGGGCCAGAAAUCUUCUUUCAUCCAGAGUUUGCCAAUCCAGACUUCGUGGAAUCCAUUUCAAAUGUCGUUGAUGACGUGGUACAGAACUGCCCCAUUGAUGUUCGGCGCCCUUUAUAUAAGAUGUGUCUAAAGAAUUGAAGGAAAAUAAGCUGGGAGGCAACCCUGAGAGAAAAGAACUGAAGGAAAAUGGGAGCCUUAUUGCCAUGUGGAUUCUCUGAGAAGAAAUUGAUUGUUAGCACUCUGGUAAUAACAAAGAGUGCUGCUCCUUCCCUGCUGGGCUCUUCCUUUUUGUAUUUCUAGGGUAUGUUAGUAAUUUAAAUGCUAAACACUGUAUUUGGGAGUCCCACUGCACUCUCCAUAGCAGGGAGCCUAGCUGAAGUCUGCUUUUAUUAAUUUCUGUCUUCCCGUUGGUUUCUCUUUCUUAAAUCUUUUCCAACUGGGAUUAAAUUACUUAGAUCUUCCCCGGAGUGCUCCAUAUUUUUCCCUGUUAUGCUGCUUUCUGAGCAUCAGUCAAUGUUCUCUUGCACUCAGCUGACAAAAUUGUGCUCUUUUCAACAUGGCUGGCCAUGUGAGGCAGUAAUCAAAGAUGAUCACCUGCAUUCUGCAUCUGAGAGUGUACCAGCUCUCCCCAAUCGUACAGGGUUCUAAUCCCCCUCAUUUUGGGUACUUCCUUAUCUUUUAAAAAUAAAAUUAAAAUUGCACAAUUUAAAUAGUAUUUUGGAAUUGUAGUUGAUUGUAAUAGAACAAGGGAGGUUGAACAUUAAAGGAAACAUAUGGAUGAAAAUCAAUUGUUUCUUUCUAAAAAAGAAAUUUUAAGUGAUCAAAUACUAUUAUAGUUGGUGACUGAUGUGAUUUUGAAAAACACCAUGCUUGAUAUACAGCAGAUGCCUGCUCAGCGGUGGUGUCUGGUUUUUUUUGUUAAAAGAUUAGCAAUUUUCACUUUUGAGUUCCUUAAAAACUCUCAAGUGGAUGCCAUUUGGAUGCAGUAAUGUUUCAAAUUUCAAUUUGUCAGGUAAGGCCUGGAACUUUGUCCCUUGUCAUAACUGUUUGCCUCAGUUCCUCAGAUUCCCUUCCUGAGAAAGUUAGUUCAGGCACAGGGAUCUGUCAUACAUCUUCCUUUGUGAAGACAGAUUGGAAGAAUUCAGCUUCUCUGCAAUCUCCUUUUCCUCCUUUUGCAUGCUUUUGAUUCCAUUUUUGUCCAAAGGUCCAGCCACCUCCCUAGCAGAAUCAAAGCUUCUCAUAAUGUAUUAAAACAUUUUGUUAGUGGUGCCUCCCCACCUUUGUAGUGGUGUGCUCUUCUAAUUUGAAUGCCUUAUUGUCUGCUUCCUUUUCUUUUGCCAGAGUUUUAUGUUCCUUUUUGUUCUCUUCAUUCAGAAGAUAGAAGCCUCUUCCCCUUAACUAGCUUUCUUCACUCUGCCCAUUAGCCAUGCUGGCAUCCUCUUGCUCUCAGCGGUACUUUGCUUGAGCUGCAGUAGGCAUUCUAGCUGAGCUUCUAUUGUUGUUUUGACACUCACUCACCCAGCACCAUUCUGGAGAGAUUGGAUCUUAUUCCCAUUCUUUUUGCCAACUUCCCUUUUUUUUUACCAAGCUCCUCUGUUUUGGGAAGUUUUCCUUUUUUGAAGUCCAAAUGUGAUGGAAAUCAACAUAUUUGACUUAAAUAGCUCUAUUGGCUUGCUGGACAAAAGGCAGUCUGCUAGGUGAUACCUGGUUGCCAUCAUUAUGAUAUCUCACCAGCUAAAUAUCACGAUAUCAAUAUUGUGAUAUAUAUCUGUGGCAGUGGAGGGCCUUGCUGAGUCUCCCAGUGGCAGCAGAGGGUCCCACCAUACCUCCCCACAGCAGUGGAGGGUGUGCUGCGCUUCCCCUCAGCAGCCUAGGACCUUGACGAGGCUCCCUGAGGCAAUGGAAGGCCUUAAAAUGCAAGGAAGUAGUAGAUUUAAUAAAAACAUCAAAUAAACUUCCAUAUAAUAUAUUUAAUAUACUUUCAACUAAUUUUAAGAGUAGUUUAAGUGAUUUACUAGUCACUGGUAUAUUGCCAUAUUGAAACACUUACCAUGAUGUUAGUUCAGUGAUAUGGCGAUUUCUCACACAACCCUGCUGUCUGCUGGAUAAAAACAAAAGUCCUAAACUGUGAAGACUGAUUAAAGAAAUGCCUUCAAACCAUUAAGGCUGUUUAAAGAUGUUAGCUUAAAAACUGACCGUGAUAGAUAGGUGGCACUGUCUGAUCAACAUGACACACCUAGUUGCACUGCCUAAUAAUUAAAUAUGGUAUUUCUUUUCACUACAACUGGUGUUUAUUUUAAGAAGCUGCUCUUGGUUCAUGGUAGGACUAUACUUGAAGGUUCUUGUGCAGCACAGUGAAAACUGCAGAAUAUAGAUUGCAGCAUGCAAAGUGCUGAAAUGAUGGCAGGGUAGCUCAACUUCUUUUGCUGAUAUGAAAGUGGGUCAGCACAAGGGGGAGAGCGAGGAAUAAUGAAGAUUAGGGUGCAGACAGACUCUCAUCAUUAGGUCACAAUACAUAUACAUUCUGUACUUUUUAGAGCACUUAAAAAAAAAUGCCACUAAGACUCAUGGCACUCAAAAGUCAGGGUCUGUCCAAGAAGAUAUAGGCUGUUGCUAUGGGAGACCCAAGUGCCUUCCUCUCUCCCCCAGCCAUGUGUAUUUUAAGAAUAAGGAAAACAUGCAGAAGACACAAUACUUGAAGAUAGACAAACAAUAAAGUGUUGGAAGAACUGGGCAUGGAGGGUGAGGUUAAUUUUCUUCAUGAGCACAAAUCACCCCAUGUAUGAGAUAAGCCAACAGGAGGCAGUGAUGGCCACCGACUUGCGAAGGCUUUUUAAAAAAAGGAUUAGAUCAAUUACUUGAGGGUAAUUCUGUCAAUGACUACAAGCCAUGAUGGAGGAUAUGCUCUGCCUCCACGGAGCUUGGAGCUGGUAUGCUUUUGUAUACCAGUUGCUGGAAACUUCAGGAGGGGAGAUUGCUCUUGUGCUUCAGUCCUGCUUGUGGGUUAGUCAACGUGAGCACAGGAUGCUGGACUAGAUGGACUAGUGUGAAGCACUGGCUCAGUCCUGCUAUAUAUACCUUUAAAAGCCACCUAUGCUGUUGCAUUAAUGUUGUUGCUUUUAGUUGACCCUGCAUGUGUUUCUGUGUCUAUUGAGGCAAGGCAGGUCUGUCUUAGGUCUUUCAGGAUUGCAAUCCCUUUCCUCAAGCAACUCCAUGUUUGUUUUCAAAGUGUAUGUGUGUGUGUUUGUGUAUUGUUAAGGCUAAAGGCAGAUUUACAUAACCCCAAAACAGCCUUGAGCACGUUGUAAACUUGCAGUAUUUUAUAGUUGCUAGCUUGGUAAGCUGGUUGUCUGCUUAUGGCUACAGGAAAGGCCACUGGCAUGACCAGUUUUCCAAAUGACCAAAUGUAAUGUGGCUUUAGCAUAUUUGUGUCCUGUUCUUCCUCCAGUGGCAGUGCACAUGGCACUUUAUCUCAGAAUUGCCAUGUGCUCAGUGCUGCUCCUGGGUCAUAGCCUAAAGGGCAAAAACUGUUCCAUUUCUUUGCCCUAUAGAAUGUGGUUCUUUCAGGAGGAUCCACGAUGUUCAGGGAUUUUGGGCGCCGGCUGCAGAGAGACUUGAAGAGGGUCGUAGAUGCUCGACUGAAAACAAGCGAAGAGCUCAGUGGUG